UCUUUCUCGGGGGCGGUUUUGUUUUGGCGCGUGAAUUUUUUGACAUGUUGGAGGACAAAAACAUCGCUCUAGACGUCCCCUGCGACGUCAACCCAUCCCUGGAGCUGUCGUUGCCGUUGAAGCUGUGCAGCGGUUGCGAGUCAAGCGGGGCAGCGGUGGAGGGCGGUGAUCUGGGUUCUGGUCCCGCCACUCAACUGCACCAUGGCGAGAGCCGAGGUCAGUUCGACGACAGCGAGGAUGAGGGGAGUGCUCCACCGUUGAGUGACAUGAGGCGGUCUGUGUUGUCUAUUCCUGGGGUUCAGACUGAUGCUCCGGUUCAGCGGAAGAGUACGGGGCCUGCAGUACAGGUGGCGGCCUAUUCGGAGGUCGACUUGGAGGCGAGCGAGGGACAGGGUGUGGAGGAGGUGGACGCGGGAGGCCUGGGCUCGCAAGGAGCUCCGCAAAAGAGGAGGGGGGAUCGUCCAGACGAGUUCGCCGGUUCUACGAAGAAGUUAAAGAGCAAGGCCCCCAGGACUGCGGGGGAGAAACGCAAGGGGACCGAGGGGGAGCAGGGCCGGCAGGUUGCCAAACGACCGUCUUCGAGACAGAAGCAGCCUGAGUCUGGACCGUCUUCUCCAUCGACAACAGGGACUCCCAUCGACGUCGACGCCGGGUACUUCCUCGAGUACAAAGACGGCGUUCGGACAAAGCGGGAGUUCGACAUUAGCCCUGCGCAGGUCGUCGACCUCGGGGACUGGGAGGACCUGUACAACCAGCGGUCCCUGGAUCCCGUGCUCGUGGAAGGGAUCAAAGAAGCGAUGCGGUUGGCAUUCGAAAACAAAGCGCAGUCUUACGAUUUACCAACCCUGAAACUGGCGCCGUUGGGGCUUGAUAAACCGACUCCGGGGACCAAGGCAGAACGUUUGAGACCGGAGGAUUGGAGGGAUGAGCUGGCGGGACAAUACUACUACUACGCGGUGUGUGGGCAGCACAACGCGGCUGCAGCGAGGUCGCUGCUCGGCAGCGAGGUGGCCAGGAAAUACAAUUUUGAGCGGUGGCCUGCACGAAUGGUCUACUUUUCGGACGACGACUUCGAAGGGUACUUCCUUGUCAGUUCCCAGGACAACAAGAAGGACCUGAAGGCGCCCCCACGACAGCUGAAGCUGUCAAUGAGGGACAUUAGGUGGCAGUGGAAGCGCGCCGGUUGCCCGCGUGCUGUUAUGGGGAACCUCAACGGAAAACAGGAUCAGAUCAGCAGGGCGAGGAGGCCAUCAGGAAACAAGGCGCUGGCAGGGGAGAACGUCUGGAAACUGGCCGUCGACUUUUUCGAGAAAUGGGAGACAGGCAAAUUGCUCGGACACGACGGCGCAAAGUGGAUCAUGCGGAAGAAGAAAGUCAAAAACGUGAAGCCUGGGGUUGCAUACAUCCAUAAUGACAAGCUGGGCAGGAAGGAGGUCGUGUACAACGUCCCUGUGGACCCGCCGACAAAGAAAGGCAAAAAGGAGAAAGAGGAGGGCGAGUGGUUCGUGCAAGUGCCAGAGCCGGACGCGCAUUGUUGGAAAACGAUGGAGUCGCUGACAGACAACAAGAAGUGCCGCGUCCUGAAGAAUGUGCUCGCUUGUGAGGUGGUUUGGGUACAGGCCGGCUCCCCAGCGUCGGCGAAGCUCGGAAAGCUGAGCGUCCAGGAGGUGGUGAAUUUGGUGAAGUGCGACCGGGUGCUGGUGCGUCUGUGGAACUACUACCAGUUCAAGCACGACAAAAGGCCGGACGCGGAUUGGAGCCAGAGGUUCCCGUUCUUGAAAUCAAGGUCCGCAAUUUUCCGACAGUUUGAGAGUCGUGGUUUGGAUGCUGAGUUGUGGGACGGGAGCACGAAAUACGUCAUUGACUCCUCGCUGUUCAAGGACUGCCUGCCCUACAUGGGCUGCGACGACGACAGAUCGAUCAAGGCGACGGAGAAGCUGGCCGGUCACAAGAAGUUGUCCGUUGACUGGCGGAAUAAGGUCCUGUCCGUGUUGACUGGCAGUAGACUGAAGAGUCGAGAGAUCGCGCUCGCCGAAGGCAUUGUGCACAUAAAAUGGAAUGACACGGGCGACGUGACAUCCAUCGCGCCAUUCGGCAACGACCCCUUGGAGGCAGACAUAAGGAGUGCGGAGGUGAAGGAGGCAGUGGUUGCCACAAAGAGUCACACAUUCGUCCUCGAUCUGUGCCAACCGGUGGACCUGAAGCUUUGGAAACUGCAAGCGUUCGACACUCUGAAUUCCCAACUCCAGACGUGGUGUCCGUCGCAUUGGACGCUCGUUGUUUUUGUCCCACGGCAGCAGAACCUCUCCUUUCUGGCCAGCAUGAACCAUCUUUCUUUCGUCAAGCUGCUGGAAGGGAAGUGGGUGAGGAGGAGUCAACAGAAGAAAAGCUUCCCCGUCGGGAACAAUUUGUACACGGAAGACGACCGGAUGUACAUACUCUUCAAAGGCGACGAUUUGCGGGCCAACACGUCCGUCGUCUACGAGGGGAAACUGCCGGCAGGCGCCGCUGCUGCAGUGCGUGUACCACAGAAGGUUACACAAACGGAUGUGUCCGACAUCCCAUUCAACGCUUGUGACUGGUCGCAUACCUCGCCUGCACGUCGGGGCAUUGUGUACGGGGACAUGGAACGCAACCCCGCCCAAUUCGUUCAGCUUCUCGAAUCCAUCACCAAGAAAGGGGAGGGUGUCGUCUUCCUCGGGAAGCCACACGCGCGGUCAGUCUGGGAAGUACUGAAGGCAGGACGGCACGUCAUCGUGAUGGAAGGGAACUCAGAGCUCUUGCAAUUUACAAUUGAUCUCGUCAAAAGCGAGGUCAAUUCGGGUGCCCACAAUUGCGAGUUCAUGGUCGUCACCGAGACUCGGGCUCGCGCGUGGAACAACAAGACGGACAUGUGGUUCAAGUUCAGUGCGAGGAAGCGGAACAAGAUAUACGACUUCUUGUUCCUGCAAACGUGGCCGAAGAGAGACACUGACGCCGAGUACGUGCGCCGCAAGGACCACAUGUUCACGUUGCUCGACAACUACCACGGCGCCUCCCGCAUGAACACGAAGACCUUCCUCGAGAGGUUGCAGUCCCUUUACUUCGUGGAGUCAGAGGAGGAGCUGACGUUCGGCAAUUACUCCUCCUUGAUCUCCACGGAAGACGAGGAGACCACCGGCAUCGAGUUCGACGCGACCACGGACGAGGAGGGCAGCGACACCGAAAGCCUCGACCUGCAGUACGACCAACAUUUCGCGCAGCACAGUACAGGGUCGUCCUUGGCAGGUCCGUCGACAAGCCCAGCGUCCCUCGUGUCACCGAUGGCGAAACCGGCGCCUGACACUACCCCGAUGAAGUUGCUGCAGAGAAUGCAAGCUCUGGCCUCCGACCAUCGCUCACUGCGUCCCGGGUCUGACAUCCCGCCCGAUCAUCAGUCUUGGACGAAUGCCAACAUUCACUUCCUGCCUGAGCCUCAAAGUCGUUCCACGGAGGCGGACUGGGGCCAUGACAUGAUAUGGCAUCCAGGAGUCAUCCAGCCGGCGAUCCAAAAGGGUGAGUGGAUCGUGGCGGUCGCUGUCCCGGACGGAGGAUGGAUGCCACUCCCUCGCGGGUCGAAGUCUGACUUCCUCGACGUUGCUAGAAUUGCGGUCCUCCAGAAAGUGAGGGCCGAGAAUGGCUCUUUCGCACCCGAAGACGUGUCUGUCAUUUCCACAGUCGGGCGAUUGUUCGUCGAACUUCAGGACAAGUGCUGGUUGGAGCUGACGGAGGACUACUACGACCUCGACACGAGCCCCUCGAAAGGAAGGGUGGACUGGAAAAUCCCCCCUCCCAAUGGGACGCAUGUAAGUACAGGGUCUCGGGGACCGGAAGGUGGGGAGAACGAGGGCGACGAGGCUGGGGGCGGCAAACGAGUCCCGGGGCGACAACAAGACGGCGACGAGGCUGAGGGCGGGUCUCAGGGCGACACCACGACAGCGGAAGGCAGCGGCGGGGUGGCGGGGGAGGCCCUCGGGCGUCAGCAGUCUACCGAUCCCGGUCCGGAAUGCUCGGCACAGUCGGAGGACGUGCCCAGUUCAUCCGCCUGCUCGGUGAUGGCAGCCUUGGUUGCUCUCCAUGCCGGCUCAGUCGAAACGUUCAAGUCCGCCGGGAUCCGAACUUCAAUGCUUGCAGAGCGGACAGAGAGGACGGACGCGCAGAGCUGGUCAGGACCGGGGGUGGCGAGUCGUCAUCCCAAAAUAGACAGCGGUGCGGUGAGGGACGGGACUUCGCCGCCUGCGGAGGAUUGCCAACCGCUUCGGUCGAAGCGAGAGGGUGCGUGUGGAGGGCCCGGUGACAGGGAGACGGCGAAGUUCGUCGGGAUCCGAACUUCUCCAGGCAAGGCGUGUGGAGGGCCCGACGACAGGGAGACGGCGAAGUUCGCCGGGAUCCGAACUUCUUCAGGCAAGGCGUGUGGAGGGCCCAGCGACAGGGAGUCCGCGAAGUUCGCCGGGAUCCGAACAUCUUCAGGCAAGGGGGACCAACCAGGGAUAUUGGUGCAGGCGGGAGGGGCUGCGUGCGGCGGGCGGGAAGCGCAUUCAUCGAGAAUCGACACGGGCUCGGGCGAAGUGGCUGCAUUGCAUGCAGGGGAAGAAGGCAGGGUGAUGGGCAAAGAGAAGGAAGUGGAGGAAGGAGACACAGGGGAGGAAUUGGAGGAAGGAAGGGAUGAAGGGGAGGAAGAAGAGGAUGAAGGAGAGGAAGGGGAAGAAACGGAGUUGGCUGGGUUGCUAGGAGGGCAGGAACUUGAUACAGGAGACAACGAACGGACUUCCGGCGACGACGAUGACAGAUCUGGGGAGUCUUCUGACGGAUUCGGGCAGCUGUACAGAGAACACCGCGAGGAAGACGAGGACGACAAUGACACGGCACUGGGUAUGGAGACAUAGGUGGUCACAAGCCUUUCUGCAGAACGUGACGACUAUGAGGUCCAAGCAAUGACGUCUGUCGUCGAUCUCCAACACCGGUUCAACGAAGCUCG